AUCUUGCAAGUCAGCCUCACAGCCUGAGCAGCUAGAAGGAUCAUCAAGCAGUUCAGUCUGAGCCGCGUUUCGGUUUCGCGUCCUGAUAUCGUUGUUUCGAUGCGUCUGGAACCGCGAUUCGGGCCUCGUUAUAGGACUCUUUCAACAACGACAUUCCAUGAAGGCGUUUUCGCUCUGAGCUAGACUGAAAGCUUUCCAAGUGAAGUCGUCAGUCUGAUUAGUAGCUCUCAAAUCGCGAUUUAAUCCAUGGCAAGCGUCGCGAGUCCUCACACGUUAUUCUCAAAUCCCGGACCGUCGUCCCUACCCGCAGCAAGCCUAGGCGCACCAGCGAUGACAACCAAUGGGAAACUGCCAAGUCACGGUGGGCCUGAUUCGGCUGACGACAGGAGGUCGUCGGUUCCGCAGCAGCUAUCCUCGGAAGAACUGGCUGCUCAGUUGCUGGACGAGCUAUUCGGGUCUGACGACGACUCGGAUGACGCCAUGGGGACAGCACUGCACACAACAGGAGGCGAUUUGACCUUCGGCGAAGAUGUCGCCGUGGACGAGUCUUUCCUUCAGGGGCUCCGGGAAGAUCUUGAUCGAUUCAAAGACCAUGAGGUCGUAUCAAACAUCCUGGGUCAAGGCAGCGACCUGCGGGAGUUUGCGCGGGAGGUGGAGGAGAAGCUGAGGCAGGUGGAGCUGGAGUCGAUCCAGGACUACAUGAAGGAGAGCGACAACCUGCUGGCGCUGCACGCGCAGAUCAAGGACUGUGACUUCGUGCUCACGCACAUGGAGUCCCUGUUGGGCGGCUUCCAGGCGGACCUAGGGGCGGUGAGUGCGGAGAUCAAGGACCUUCAAGAGCGCUCCAUGGGAAUGGCACAGCGGCUCCGGAACAGACGGGCAGCAGAGGGGCGUCUGGGACGGUUUGUGGAGGAGAUGGCAGUGAGUCCGGAUCUGAUAGACACAGUGGUGGAUGGGGAGGUGGGCGAGGGGUACAUCCGCGCCCUGCAGGCGCUGAACCGCAAGCUGCACUUUGUGGCAGAGGAGCCGAGUGCCCGGUCGUCCACUGCCAUGCGGGAUGUGCAGCCAGAGCUGGACAGGCUCCGAGUGAAGGCUGUUAUCAAGGGGAGGGAGUAUCUGAUGCAGAAGAUCUACGCCCUCCGAAAGCCCAAGACCAACAUCCACAUUCUGCAGCAAAACGUGCUUCUCAAAUAUAAGUACCUUGCAGUUUUUUUAAAGGAGCAUGGGCGGGUGGUGUACACUGAAGUCAAUAACGCGUACAUUGACAUAAUGAGCAAGGUCUUGUCUCUCCAUCUGCGCACCUACAUCUCCUCCUUGGAGAAGCUUCAGCUUGACAUCGUGUCGCGCACAGACCUGAUUGGAGUGGACGAUAGCAACAAGCUCGCACAGACCAUCUUUGGUCGCGCGGGAAGGGACCUCAAGAACCGAUCAGCAGUCUUCUCAUUAGGCAGCAGAGACCAGGUGCUAAGUGAUGUGGAGGAGCCGGCCAUCAUCCCACACAUUGCAGAGGCGGACAAGAACAAGCACCCCUACGAGGUGCUGUUCCGGUCACUGCACAAGCUGCUCAUCGACACGGCCACGUCAGAGUUUCUUUUCUGCAAGGAAUUCUUUGGGGACGACUCGACCUUCCAUGCAGUCUUUGCAGGUCCCUUUGCUGUGAUCGAUGAGCACUUCGCAGCUGUGCUGCCCAACUGCUACGACGCCAUUGGGCUGCUGCUGAUGAUCAGGAUGACGAGGCAAUUCCAGGACAUCAUGAAAGCAAGGAAGGUCAACUGCUUGGAUCAGUACUUUGACAAGGUGAACCUGCUCCUCUGGCCGCGGUUCAAGCUCGUGUUUGACCUUCAUCUAGGCAGUCUACGCCAGGCGAACCCGCGCGCGCUGUGGGAGCAGGACGUGCACCCGCACUACGUGGCGCGGCGGUACGCGGAGUUUGCAGCGUCGCUCAUGACGCUCAACACGGCCCACGGCGACGGCCAGCUCGAGCUCAACCUGGACCGGCUGCGGAGUGCCGUGGACCACCUGCUGGUGGAGAUCUCAAGGCUGUUUCCGAAGCCCAAGCAGCGCACAGUGUUUCUGAUCAACAACUACGACCUCAUUCUGGCUGUGCUCAAGGAGGCGGGGGUGGAGGAGGGCCGGACUCAGCGCCACUUUGCAGAGCUGCUGAGCUCGUUCUCAACCAUCUUCGUGGAGGAGGAGCUACACGAGUACUUCAGGGGACUUGUGGACUUUGUCAAGAAGAGAACAGGCACUGGCGAUGAGACAGCAGACGCAGUGGCAGCUCGCAGCAGCAGUGGCAGCACAGGGGGGCACAAGGUGGUCGCUGCACCCAUCACAGCUAAAGAGGUGGAGCCUCACCUCAAGGACUUCGCUGUCCGAUGGAAGGCCACCAUCGAUCUGAUCCACAAGGACAUCAUCACCAACUUCAGCAACUUCGUGUGUGGAAUGGACAUCCUCAGAGCUGCCCUCACGCAACUACUGCUCUACUACACCCGCCUUUCCGACUGCCUCAAGCGAGUGGAAGGAGGAGCCUCGUUAAUGAAGGACGUGGUCUCCAUACCGUCCAUAAUGUACGAGAUUCGCAAGUACAGCCUCACGUUCUGACACCCGGCCGAUUGCCUCUUACAUACAGCCAUCUUUGUUUAACCCACGGCAACUGCUCUCUGUGGCAUCCUAUCAAUACCUUCCAUCAUGUGCGAGAUGCAUAAAUACAGAUUCGUCGUCUUAGAUUCUUCGUCAAGCGUUGUCGACUACUAUUAGAGCUCUGAGUAUUCAGAUUAUUCGUCCAAUUUCAAGAGUUGUUUGUGGUUUCUUGUAUUCACUAUCUAUGCCAACUCUAGGCCACAACUCACCAUUGCAGGUAAUUUCCAGUGUAGUAUGAUUUGUUUGUAUGUCUGCCG